GCGAGUCCCGCAUUGUUUGGAUCAGCUGUGCGUGGACGUGAAACCCCACCCAAUGAGGAAGAACGCUCCGCGAGCAGCAGCAGCAGCAGCAGCAGACCCGGACCGAGCUCGAGCCGCACCAUGAUCGCGCUAUUCAACAAGCUGCUGGACUGGUUCAAGGCGCUCUUCUGGAAGGAGGAGAUGGAGCUGACGCUGGUCGGCCUGCAGUACUCGGGGAAGACCACCUUCGUCAACGUGAUCGCGUCGGGUCAGUUCAGCGAGGACAUGAUUCCUACGGUCGGCUUCAACAUGCGUAAGAUCACCAAGGGAAACGUCACCAUCAAGUUGUGGGACAUCGGCGGUCAGCCGCGCUUCAGGAGCAUGUGGGAGCGAUACUGCCGCGGCGUGAGUGCUAUCGUGUACAUGGUUGAUGGGGCCGAUCCGGAGAAGAUCGAGGCAUCGAAGAACGAGCUGCACAACUUGUUAGACAAACCCCAGCUGCAGGGAAUCCCAGUUCUGGUUUUGGGCAAUAAGCGUGAUCUUCCCGGAGCUCUGGAUGAGAAGGAGCUCAUCGAGAGAAUGAACCUGUCGGCCAUCCAGGACAGAGAGAUCUGCUGUUACUCCAUCUCUUGUAAGGAGCAGGACAACAUCGACAUCACACUACAGUGGCUGAUCCAGCACUCGCGGACCCGGCGGAGCUGAGGAGGCGGAGCCAGCGUCUGAUUGGAGGAACCGCAUCAUGUGAUCAACUACAUUUUAGACGCUCUCGAUUUCUUUCUAAACAAACAAGCAUCCGCCCCUCUCUCUGUUCUUAUAAACUAAUCCACAUCAUCUACAUCGUUUGAACGUUGAUUUUUACUUUUACUUGAAUGUGUUUCUUUUACGGUUCGUCAUGAAGUCACAUGACGUGCUUUGCUCGCGCGCGUCGUUCUGCGUGUUUGCUCGGAGACGGGAUCGAACCUCGACUCGACGCCCACAGCAUCUGUCGGAACCAGCGCUCUAUGGUCACGUGAUUUUGGGCGUUCGCACCGGCAUCUUGUUUUAACGUUCUGAUGUUGUGAGAACAUUCCACAUGCUCUCUGAUCGUUCACUGGGAGAAUUCAUUGAUGUACACUAUUGUUUUGCGUUUAGCAAGAAAUUACAUGUUAGUAUUAUUAGCCUAUUAGCUUGACCCGGUGCUGGCGUAGUUUCUACGAACGUGACAUCAUCUCGUGGGCAUCAAGGUCACAUGGUUUGCGUUAAUAUUGUAGCAUUACGAAAUCUUUUUAUCUUUAAAGCACAUGAAUCUUUUUGAAGAGUUUAACAUGUACAAAUUAAGGUUUUGUACGUUUCCUUUGAGUCGCCGUGAUCACAGCGUUGUAUCGUUGAAGUGGGUGGGUUGUCAUGGCAACAGUUCCAAUCGCGUUGUUUUUUUAGGAACGUCAGUCUGCGAACGCGUGCAGAGCAACAUCAGUGCUAGAUGGGACACAAUGACGAACGUUGAUCUGUCUCUGGUGGACCUGCAGAUCGUUGCGCUAACAAAAACAGCGUAGAUGCGGCAAAUGUUGCGCGAAUCUCCUGCUGAAUUCCAGUGUUGUUUCUGAACAAUGUUGGGAGAGAUAAAGAUCUUGUGAUUUUUUUUUUUUUUUUUUAUCGCUUUAUUUCAUUUACAGCCUGUUUAGUUUUUGUCACACGUGGAUGUUUUUGGCCUAAAUCAUAACAGUUUAUAAACGUGUCGGUAGAUUAUACAUAUGUAAAUUGACAUAUUUCAGUUGUUUUUGGCAUGUUUUUAAUCAUGUUUUUUCACAGUGUUUUUCAACUGGAUUAUGUAAAUAGCAACUUAAACCAAAUGAGAUCUCCCUCCUAAGCGUUACGGUGUUUGUCUUAGUGUGAUUAGCGUCCUAUGAUUAUAAUAAUGAUAAUAAUAAUAAAGAAGACCCCGCUCAUAUCACAGCAAUCUGAAUGAAUGGAUUGUGUGUGUGUGUGUGUGUGUGUGAGAGAGAGAGAGAGAGAGAGAGUGAGCUAUGGUGUUUGUAUGCACGGAUAACGUCAUAUGACAACUAGAAUAAUAUUUACGCUAUAAAUGCCUAAGGUUUACUUUUUCGCAAUUGUUAAUCACUUUAUAUUCAUCCUGUUCAUUCAAUAAUGUUUGAUUGUCAUGAGUUCAUAGUCUACACAUGAGUUUACGACGCAAUGCGACAAAAUGGCGGUAAUCAACACUGCUGCACUGGUUACGAAGUAAUGAUACAGUCAACAUUGACGUUGCAAAGUUUGUGUUACGACACUGGUUACAAUGGUAACCAUAGUUACAAAAGGUGUUUUUACUACAAUACAACUGUCGUUGGAAAGUGACGCAAACAGCUUUGUUGACAAUAGCAAUUAUUUACGAAGUUAACUUUUAGUUAUGUAACAAAGUUGUGAACUUGCAACAUAGACAGCAUUACUAUAAUGAAGCGGGUGUAACAAAGUUGAUUUCUUUUGAAGUAAUUUGCGAACUCAACCUAAGUUACAUUCAUGACAUUCGGCAAAGUGGUUGUCGCACAAUUUAGUUGUGUAAGAUCAAGCUCGUAAAUGCCUUUGUUGAAGUUGACAUUGCUAAAGUCGUUUAUGAAGUCAGUCUAAUGAAGUUGACUUGCUUGAUUUUAACAACAUUUACAAAGUCAUCCUUGUGUUCCUAAUUGACUUUGUUAGCAAUUGAAUUGCACAACUUUGUUAUGUGACUUUGUUAGAUUCAUGAAUGGCUUUGUCAAAGUCAGUUUCGUAACAGUCACUUACAAAGUCAACCUAACGAAGUCAACUUUGUUGAUUAUACCGAAGUCUUUUUCAUAGUCAACCUUGUAGCGCACAACUUAGUUGCGUAACAUCGAGUUUAUAAAUAACUUUUUUGAAAAUGAUUUACAAGUCACUAAGACGUCAAUCUAACCAAGUCAAGUUUGUUGAUUAUAACGACAUCAUUUUACGAAGUUAUACCAAUAAAGUAAUUUUCAUCAUUCACUUUGUUGGCAAACUGUUAUGUGACUUUGUAAAGGUCGUAAAUGAUUUUGUCAAAAUAACUUAUGAAGUCAUCUUCAGCUUUGUUAAUGAAGUGUACAGUGUGGAGCACUUUAUUGAUUAUGACGGUUUAAUUGUCACUUUGUCGUGUUGCGUUACUUAAUUCAGCGCUGAUCGCAGAACGUUCGUUUUUCUGCUGCUCUUGUUGGAGCUCAUGUUCACUCCUGUCGGCAGUUCAUCAUGGACAUGAGCUCAUCCGCGCUCUUAUCAUCUUCUGUAUGUGUGUUGAUUUAAUUAUUUUUUUUAUGUCUAAUUACAAGUGGCCAUAAGGUUUGUUUUGAUAUUAUAAUUGUUUGUAGCGGUGUCGCGCUGGGGAGCCAUGUGAUUUUUUUUUUUUCACCCCUGCAUGACUUCAUUAUGGGAUUGAGCUGGUUGCCAUAGGUACUGUAUAAUCAGCGUGUGAUUGGACCGAGCUCGAUAAAGCCCCCCCCCCUUUAUAUGGAAUAUAUAAGGUAACUUUUUAAAGCAGUCACAUAACAGGUGUUUCUGUACCAGACUCGAUCAGUUCAGUUGUUCAUUUGGGAUCUUUCUAUUCUCUCGUACUCGCGGUGAUAACUGUACAUGUUGUUCUUGUUCUUUACAGAUUAUUUAAAAAUUAAAUUAAAUGAUUCCCCUCUCAGAA